AUGGGUUCUGCAGCUGGGCAAAGGAAUCUGCGCAUAGGUGUAGAUGUGGGCGGCACGAACACCGAUGGAGUAAUCAUUGACCCUACAAGGUCAAAGGAGGCUGACAGGGGGCACAAAGCACCGACAACGACAGACCCCAGCCAUGGCAUCGCAGCGGCAAUCACCACGAUGUUCAAAUCUGCAUCGAUUGAGCCAUCAUCGGUAGCAAGCGUCACCAUCGGAACGACCCAUUUUGUCAAUGCAGUGAUAACACGGGAUCAUACGCGCCUCUCCCGCGUUGCUGUCAUCCGACUCGGCGCCCCCUUCAGCAAGCAUGCUCCACCCUGUAUCGACUGGCCCGCUCCACUGCGCAACCUGAUCCUUGGCCAUCACGCCCUGCUAAAAGGCGGUCUCGAAGUAGACGGCAGUCUCAUCUCCGAAAUUCGUGAGGCUGAGAUCGUGGAACAAUGCAAGAUCAUCAAAGAGAAGGGCAUCAAGAGUAUAGUCAUCAACGGUAUCUUUUCACCGAUUGAUACGGUAGAGAAGCAAGAAGAGCGCGCAGCUGAGAUCGUCAUAAGGGAAUUAGGAAAUGUAGAUGUCGUGUUGAGCAAGACAGUGGCGAACUUGGGCUUCUUGGAAAGGGAAAAUGCAGCGAUAUUGAAUGCCUCUGUGUUGUCGUUUGCGCGGCGGACGAUAGCUUCGUUUCAGGAACCCAUCAAGAAGCUCGGGCUGGACUGUCCUGUGUUCAUAACACAGAAUGACGGCACGAUCCUUUCUGGAGAUGCGGCUGCGCGCCUGCCUAUCCGUACAUUCAGUUCAGGCCCGACGAAUAGCAUGCGCGGUGCUGCUUUCCUCGUCGGCAAGCAAGAUCAUGGCGAGGCAAUGAUGGUAGUCGAUGUCGGCGGCACCACCACGGACGUAGGAUUGCUCCUUGCGAAUGGCUUCCCGAGACAACAAGCUGCAUAUUCGGAGCUUUCGGGCGUUCGGAUGAACUUCUCCUAUCCUGACGUGAAGAGCAUUGGCCUCGGUGGUGGUUCCCUUGUACGCAGGAUUGAUGGGAAGAUGCAUGUUGGACCAGAGUCGGUCGGCUAUAAGCUUCCCGAGAAGGCAUUGGUAUUUGGGGGAGAUGUGCCAACUGCGACUGACUAUAUAGUCGCAGCAGCUAAGGAUCUUGCGAUUGGCGACUCAAGCAAGGUCCAAGGAAAACUGGCUGAGGAAGACAUCGAUGCUUUCAAGACGGAAACGAAACGCAUGCUAGAAGAAAUCAUUGACACUAUGAAGACCUCGCCGGAGGACCUACCCGUUCUGCUCGUUGGUGGAGGCGCUGUUGUCGCGCCCGACGAGCUCAAAGGUGCAAGCCGCGUCAUCAAACCUGAGUGGUCUGGCGUAGCCAACGCAAUUGGCGCUGCGAUGGCAAGAGUAAGCGCCGUCAUCGAUACCGUGAAGUCGACCGAGAAGACCAGUGCGAAAGAGUUGCAGGCCGAGAUAGAAGAAGAGGCAAAGCAAAAAACCAUCGAGGCAGGCGCAUCGGCAGAAUCGGUCGAGGUCGUUGAGGUAGAAUCACUGCCCUUGGCGUACAUAGCGCACAAGUCUCGCUUCAUCGUGAGAGCAGCGGGAGACUUCGACUACACGCGGUCAGCCGACUUUGCGACGAUGCGUAUCGAGUCUAGUCACGAAGAAGAAACAGCAGAGCCGAGCGGCCCGUCAAACAACAGUACUCCUCCAUCAACCGAAGCAAACGACGUUGAAGAGGACCCAGCUGUGGAUAUAGACUUCUCAAGCUACAGGCCUAAAGUAGUGAACCGGGAAUGGCAUAUAUCAGAAACCGACCUACAGUGGAUAACAAUCGGAUGCUACAUUCUCGGAACGGGUGGAGGUGGCUCGCCUUACUCUACCAUGCUGCGGGUGCGCCAAAUGCUGCGAAACGGUCAGACCAUACUUGUCAUGAAUCCAGAUGACCUGAAAGACGACGACCGCGUCGGAAGCGGAGGUGGCGCAGGAAGUCCAACAGUGGGCAUCGAGAAGCUGUCCGGGGACGAGAUGAUGGACGCUCAAGUGCACAUGUACAAACUCUUCCCAGGCGGACGCGCAACACACAUCAUACCUUUAGAGAUCGGCGGCUCAAAUGGACUGCAAGGUCUUGUACUAGGCGCAUCGUCCAACAUGAACAUCCCAUGCGUUGACGGCGAUUGGAUGGGCCGUGCGUAUCCGACAAAAUGGCAAACAACUCCCGUUGUAUUCGGAGAAAGGCCGAUAGUUUUCGCACCUGUCUCCGUAGCCGACGGCAAUGGCAACAUCCUGUAUAUGCCGACUGCGACCAGUGACUUGAAAGUCGAGCAAGUGAUUAGAGCUGCGCUAAGCCAGAUGGGAAGCCAUGUAGGCACUGCGGAUGGCCCGGUGACAGGGUCAGAGACGCGGAGAUGGGCAGUGGAGCACACAAUUUCGCUAUCGUGGAGAAUUGGCCGAGAAGUUGCUCGCGCGCGAAAGGAGAAUCGCAUCGACAAUGUCGCUGAAUCGAUUAUCGACGCUGUUGGAGGACCGGAAACUGGACGUGUCCUGUUCAAGGGUAAGAUUGUCGGCGUAGAACGCAAGCUCUGGAUGGGCCACAUCUACGGUGAAGUCAUAGUCGAGGGUACCGAAGGCACACAGUUCGCGGGCAAGAUCAAGAUCCCCUUCAAGAACGAGAACAUCGCUGCGAUUCGAUUGCAUGAGGGUGUGGAGACCGAAACCGGUGAAGAGAAGAACGAGGAUGUACUAGCUAUUGUACCGGACUUAAUCUCGGUCAUUGAUGCCCAGAAUGGCGAGGCCAUCGGAACGCCGGAGUACCGCUAUGGGUUACUGGUGUUAGUGAUUGGCAUAACGGCAAGUGAGCGAUGGACCACUCCCAAAGGCAUUGAGAUAGGAGGACCGAAGGGCUUCGGGUUGGACCACCUGGAAUACAAACCAAUGGGCAAGUUUGUGAAGCCAAUCAGUGUAAUUGACGAGUACGAUGGGAAGUCGUAA